GGUUGGAAUGAAGUAGAAUUGGCGGGCAUUUGGUCGUCACUCUCACUCCCGCGGCCCCGCCGCACCACCUCAUCCAUCCCACGAAUCCUAUCGCCUCCGCCUUCUCCAUCCUUCACCACCCCGACGACCAUGGCCAUCACCUCCUCCUCCUCCUCGCCGCCCGCCGCCCACCACCCCUUCUCUUUCCCUCGCCGCGCCAAGCAACACGGGCGCCCCCGCCUCGCCGCCGCCUCCUCCAGGUGGGCGAACCGCAGGGCCAGCUCCUCCAUAUGGGUCAACCCGGCCGCGCCGCCCCGCCCUGGCCAGACGCUGCGCCGCCUCGUCCAGCUCGGGGACCUCGACGCCGCGCUCCGCCUCCUCCUCCUCCCCGGCGCGCUGCCCGCCCCCGCCGCCGCCCUCAUCUCCUGCAACAUACUCAUCAAGAAGCUCUGCGCCACCCGCCGCCUCGCCGACGCGGAGCGCGUGCUCGACGCGCUCAAGGCGGCCGCCGCCGCGGACGCCGUCUCGCACAACACCCUCGUCGCGGGCUACUGCCGCGACGGCCGCCUCGCCGACGCGGAGCGCGUGCUCGGCGCGGCCAGGGCGACCGGCGCGGCCAACGUCGUCACCUACACCGCGCUCAUCGACGGGUACUGCCGCUCCGGCCGCCUCGACGACGCGCUCCGCCUCAUCGCCUCCAUGCCCGUGGCGCCCGACACCUACACCUACAACACCGUGCUCAAGGGCUUGUGCAUCGCCAAGAAGUGGGAGGAGGCCGAGGAGCUCAUGGCAGAGAUGAUCAGGAACCGUUGCCCUCCCAACGAGGUGACAUUCGCCACGCAGAUCCGUUCUUUCUGCCAGAACGGGUUGCUCGACCGCGCCGUCCAACUGCUCGACCAAAUGCCUAGGUACGGAUGCACUCCUGACGUUGUCAUUUACAGCACCCUUAUCAAUGGAUUCUCAGAGCAAGGGCAUGUCGACCAAGCCCUCGACCUUCUCAACACUAUGCUAUGCAAGCCCAACACCGUUUGCUACAAUGCUGCGUUGAAGGGUUUAUGCAUCGCCGAGCGAUGGGAGGAUAUCGGUGAGCUGAUGGCUGAGAUGGUUAGGAAGGGUUGCUCGCCAAACGAAGCUACAUUCAGCAUGCUGAUCAGUUCCUUGUGCCAAAAUAAUUUAGUGGACAGCGCAGUCGAAGUUCUUGAGCAAAUGGAGAAGUACGGGUGUGAGCCUGACACCGUCAAUUACAAUAUAAUCAUCAAUUCCUUGUCUGAACGAGGGCGCGUGGAUGAUGCCCUCAGGUUGCUGAACAGCAUGGUGUGUAAGCCUGAUGCCCUUGGUUUUAAUGCUGUGUUGAAGGGCUUUUGUAGAGCUGAACGAUGGCAUGAUGCUAGUGAGCUUAUUGCUCAGAUGUUUAGGGAUGAUUGCCCUCUAAUUGAAAUGACCUUUAAUAUACUGAUUGACAUGCUUUGCCAAAAUGGUCUGGUCAACUAUGCAACCCAAGUGUUUGAGCAAAUGCCAAGGUACAGAUGUACGCCUGACAUUGUCACAUACAGCAGUCUUCUUAAUGGCUUUUCUGAACAAGGUCUUGUAGAGGUUGCCAUUCAGUUAUUUAGAAGCAUGCCGUGCAAGCCUGAUAUCUUUAGCUACAAUGCUGUGUUGAAGGGUUUGUGCAGAGCUGCACGAUGGGAAGAUGCUGGGGAGCUUAUAGCUGAGAUGGUUGGAAAGGAUUGUCCCCCAAAUGAAGUAACGUUCAAUAUAUUAAUCAAUUCCUUGUGCCAAAAAGGGCUGGUUGAUCGUGCAAUUGAGGUUCUUGAGCAAAUGCCAAACUAUGGAAGUACACCUGAUAUUUUUACAUAUAACGCCCUUAUCAAUGGCUUUUCUGAACAAGGCCGUUUGGACGAUGCCCUCAAGUUAUUGAGCACCAUGUCAUGUAAGCCUGAUGCUAUUUCUUAUAACUCUACAUUGAAGGGUUUGUGUAGAGCUGAGCGGUGGCAGGAUGCAGAGGAGCUUGUAGCUGAGAUGCUUAGGAAUAAGUGCACUCCAAAUGAAGUAACAUUCAAGUAUGCUAAUCAUUUACUUAUGCCUAACAGGGCUGGUUGACUGUAAAAUGUAUGUAACACUUCUUCCACGUGGAGUGGUACACUGGUCUCACCAAUGACAUUUUCCUAUGGUUGUGGACUAUUUCCUGAAGUCUGAAGCAGCACAGCUGUACAGUACUGACAGAUUCUGCUAUUACGCCGCAUUGAAGGCUUUGUUUAAAAAUAAGCAAGAGGAAUUUGAGAGCUUAUAAUUUUGAUAAGGGAUGAAAGGGGUGAUUGAAAACGGUUUCCUGAAGGAUGAUAAUGACUGCAAAUGAUUUUCGGAGGAAUCAUGUUGAGGAAUUGUUUUGGUCAAAACAAGUUAAAUUUUUGUUCUUCUCAGGAUUCCUAGAGAGCAGUAUGAAAGCAAAGAUCUUGUCCAGCAUUUUGUAUAUCAUUCAAGGAAUAUUCUAAUUUCGGGAAAAACAGUUCCAUUUCAGUACUUUGUUGUUAAAUUAUUUGGCUAAUAUUUCUAGUACCACGCCAUAUAUUGUCUUGGUACAGUGCAUAGUUCAGCCGUAGGACAAAGACCAAGCAUAUUUUAGCCCAUUUUGGGCUGAGACACAUGCCAUACUUGCAGUUCCUUGGUUUGUUGCUUGACAAGAAUACCUUAAUAUGAGUGCAACAUGCAAGAUCUUAGGUUUUGUCAAUCUGUCAGAACUUCAAAUGUUCAAGUCUUCAAUGAAUGUUAUCAACUUCUCAUUACAAGUUUGGAGAAAAAUCCAGAGAUUUUUUGUGUAUGAACUUGUCAUGGUCAUGGGUAUGACAAUGGAGCACUCAGUAUCAAUCUCAACUUUCACUUGGUAGCAGUUCAUUAACCAGCCGGUAGUAAGAUCAAGGUGUGCCAACGACCUCAUCAGUUAAUGAGAAACAAUAAGAGCCUGUUCGGUUAAUCCUGAUGUGGCCUUCAAAUUCCCCCGAUCCACAUCAAGAAACUCGAACCCUGGUAAAUAAACUUAAUUUUGUAACAGCUGGCUUCUAGAAAUCAUAUAUACACAGAAUAAUGUCUACUUAAUUUUUAGCCAUAUGCAACCUAAUGUAAGUUUAUACAGCCAAGAAAUAUGAUCAAGUCUAAAAGGAAUUCGACAGGCAGGAGUGGGUUUUGCUUGCUUA